GCGUAUACCCUCGUCGAGGUGAUUUCCCGAGAAACGUCGAUCGAGCGGUCCGUGGCGCAGCUCCACGGGAAGGCAACGGCAGAGGUAGAUGCGGGGAGCGAGACAGAGAGAGGGCAGACGACGGCGGGAGAGGGAGAAAGAGAAAGAGUGAGAGCCUUGCGUCGAGUGCGCGCAAACGCGCGGACGAGUGAACCGCGAGUGUAAGAUCCUCGGCGAACGCGACACCGACGCGCCGCGAGGGCAUCGCCCGGGCCAACGAGAGCGACCGGGUCGCGGGGAUAUGCGGGUGCGAAGUGGCGAGGGCAUCGUCGCGCGAUCUCACCGUCGGGACGUCCUUCCGCGUUUUUUCCCCCUCCGGCGCCGUCGUUCCGUCCAUUUUUCGUUUUGAAUCGAGGAGGCGGCGUCGGCGCUCGACCGCGCCGAACGAGGACGACCGAAGCUCGGAUCCUCCCAAUCGGGAGGAUUUCACGGGCGAUUACACGAUGCGGACGCGGAUUCGAGCUCUAGAUGAACGCCGAAGGAUGUGAGGUGUGGAGGAAAGGGGCGUGCUGAUCGGUGGCGGCGACGGCCAUGCGAUCCGGCCCGCCGGAAUCGAGUCGCCGUAGGCUUUACCGUCGCCAGUACUUGCAGCGGCUGCACGAUGAAUCUCGGUUCCGGCUGCAGCUGAUCUCUGGCUUUCGCACGGUCCUCCUUCUUCUUUUGGCUUGGAAUCCCACGCAUGCCUUGGCUGACUUCUCGAAAACGAUCCUUCCCGACAAGGUGUCUAGCCUCGUUUCCGAGGAAACGCGACAACCGUUGCCUGCCCAAGCGCUACGACCGCUUUUGAGUUACGACAAUGGAGCGCAGAGGAAAAUUCAUAACCUCACGGUUGGUUAUCUGACCGCUAUCAAGGGAGGCUUGAAAGAUCGUCAAGGGCUCGCGAUCUCAGGUGCGCUGUCGAUGGCCCUCGACGAGGUAAACAACAAUACGGACAUAUUGCCAAAUGUGAAACUAGUUAUGCGCUGGAGCGAUACGAGAGGGGAGACGGUAGAGGCGACUAAAGCAAUGAUCGACAUGAUUUGCGACGGAGUAGUUGCUUUUUUCGGACCGGAAGGCUCGUGUUACGUCGAGGCUAUCGUCGCACAGUCCAGGAACAUACCCAUGAUUAGCUAUAAAUGCUCCGAUUACAAGGCCUCGAAAGUCAGUACCUUCGCUCGGACGGAACCGCCGGAUACGCAAGUAACGAAGUCAGUGAUAGCUCUGCUGCUGCAUUAUGGUUGGAACAAAUUCACUGUUGUAACGGAGAGUGCAUGGUCGACAGUUGCUCGUUCCUUGGAAGACCAAGCCGCUAAACACAACCUCACCGUAAACCAUUACAGAAUUGUGGAGGAUCGACAUACUUGCUGCGAGGAAAGACUACCAUGCUGUCAAGUCAACGUUUGGUUCCAGUUAAUACAGGAGACCAAAAAUAUGACUCGGAUUUAUAUUUUUCUGGGCACUGCGAUGUCGUUGAUAGACAUGAUGAACUCGAUGCAGAAUCAACGAUUACUGGACAAUGGCGAAUACAUGGUGAUACAUGUCGACAUGAUGACGUAUUCGCCACGAGAAGCGCAGAAGUACUUAUGGAAGCCUGAACACUUCGACAACUUGAAGAAUUGUCGCGACCCAAAAGAUUUCUUAAAGCGAGCUCGAUCUCUUAUGGUGGUCGUGUCUACGCCACCGACUCAGAGUUACGAGGAAUUUACAAAGAAGGUGCGCGAGUACAGCAGCAAAGAGCCUUUUAAUUUCGUAAUACCCGAUCUUCUGAAAAAGUAUGAAAAGUAUGUCUCUAUCCAUGCAGCAUACCUCUACGACUCGGUCAAACUAUACGCACGAGCAUUGGACCAACUUUUGCGAGACCAACCGGAUCACGAUUUGAAGGAAAUAGCUGCCAAUGGCACGCAGAUUAUAGAAGCGAUCAUAAAAAAUCAUACUUAUCAGAGUGUCAGCGGAGCUACGAUUAAACUGGACAAAUUUGGCGACUCCGAAGGGAACUUCUCCGUAUUAGCCCUGAAAAAAGAUCCCUUUCGCUUGAAUAAUUUUUCCUGUGAUUACCAAAUGAAACCGGUGGGUCAGUUUCAGCAAGGUGAAACUCUAGUCUACCGACCGUCGGAGGCCGUCGAUUGGCCCGGGAAAAACAAACCCGAAGCGGAACCUGGUUGCGGCUUUCUCAACGAGCAUUGUCCAAAAGAUGACACGCAUCUGCGCAGCAUCAUCGCAGCCGGAGUGCUCGCCGUUCUUUUAUUCUGCGCCGCCGUGGUAACCAUGAGCAUAUAUCGCCGAUGGAAGAUCGAGCAGGAAAUCGAGGGACUGCUGUGGAAAAUCGAUCCGAGCGAAAUACACGGCUAUCCUCAUCUCGACACCUUGAUGUCCUCCCCUAGUAAGUUAAGUUUAGUUAGCGCGAUGUCCUACGAGUCGAGGUGCGGUGGUCAAGUGUUCGCGCAAACUGGUCAUUACCACGGCGUCGUGGUACGGAUAAAGGAGCUGAAAUUUUCGAAGAAGAAGGACAUCUCGCGAGACGUCAUGAAGGAGAUGCGCACGCUCCGCGAAAUCAGACACGGGAACCUCAAUUCUUUCAUCGGCGCUUGCGUCGAACCCAUGCGAAUACUGCUAAUUACCGAUUAUUGUGCCAAAGGAAGUCUCUAUGACAUCAUUGAAAACGAAGAUAUUAAGUUAGACGAUAUGUUUAUUGCCUCUUUAAUUUAUGAUCUCAUUAAGGGUAUGAUGUAUAUUCACGAGUCAUCCGUGCUAGUUUGCCACGGUAACCUGAAAUCUUCAAACUGCGUGGUAACGUCACGUUGGGUUCUUCAAGUGUCCGAUUUCGGACUUCACGACAUGCGCCAGUGUGCGGAGUCGGACAGCAUCGGUGAACAUCAGUAUUAUCGAAACUUAUUUUGGAAAGCUCCGGAAUUGCUGAGGAACCUUCACGCUCCGUUACGAGGCACUCAGGAAGGAGACGUAUACUCGUUUGCUAUAAUUCUGUACGAAAUAUUCGGACGUAAAGGACCAUACGGAGGGGUGAAUCUUGAACCCAACGAAAUCAUAGACCGAGUUAAGAGGUUUCCGGGAGAUGACGAACCACCGUUUAGACCCAACAUCGACAUACUGUCCGAAUCCGAGGUGGACUGCGCGGAAUACAUCGUUGGCACCAUUACCGACUGCUGGGCCGAGAGUCCCGAGCUCAGGCCGGAUUUCAAGAGCAUCAGGACCCGGCUGAAGAAAAUGAAGGUCGGUCGGCACCGUAACAUCAUGGACCAAAUGAUGGACAUGAUGGAGAAAUAUGCCAACAACCUCGAGGAUCUAGUCAGCGAACGAACGCGCCUUCUCUUCGAAGAGAAGCAGAAAACCGAGGACCUGUUGCACCGAAUGCUCCCCGAACCCGUCGCCAAUUGCCUGACGAACGGCAUCGGCGUGGAGCCCGAAGCCUUCGAUUCCGUCACGAUAUAUUUCAGCGACAUCGUCGGCUUUACGGCGAUGUCGGCCGAAAGCACUCCGUUUCAGGUUGUUAAUUUUCUCAACGAUUUAUAUACGUUAUUUGAUCGCAUAAUCAAGGGAUACGACGUGUACAAAGUGGAGACCAUCGGCGACGCGUACAUGGUGGUGAGUACACGCAACCGUUUUCGGGGUCGUUCGACGACGAUAAUCAUCGUUCUCGAUCAGGUGUCCGGGCUGCCGAUCAAAAACGGGAACAAGCAUGCCGGCGAGGUGGCGUCCAUGUCUCUCGACCUGCUGAACGCCGUGAAACACCACACGAUAGCUCACCGCCCCAGCGAGACUCUGAAGCUCCGAAUCGGGAUUCAUACCGGUCCCGUGGUGGCAGGAGUCGUGGGACUGACGAUGCCCAGGUACUGCCUCUUCGGCGACACCGUCAACACGGCCUCGAGAAUGGAGUCGAACGGCGAGCCGCUGCGCAUUCACAUAAGCGGCCAGUGCAAGGACGCCCUGGAGAGAAUCGGCGGGUACGUCGUCGAGGAGAGAGGGAUGGUUUACAUGAAGGGGAAGGGCGAGGUCAAGACGUAUUGGCUGACGGGUGCUACCGAGAAAGCUAUUCAGAAGCGAGAGGUCGACGUGGGCGACCUUCCGCCGUUGUUCAGCCGGCCUCGAAGGAGUCCGAAGCUAAACUCGGACUCGCGGCAGGCGUCGCUGUUGGGAGGACUCGGCUCCUGCAGCAGGAGACAGUCGAACGUCCCGCGCCCGGUCGGGGACGCCUCGUUGUCGCAGUUCAAUGGUUCUAGUCCGCUGCCCCGGUCGUUCCAAGCGAAGAAGCUAGAACGGUCGCCCUUCUAUCUAGCGGAGAGCUCGUCGAAGGCCGCUCUGCCCAACGCGACCAAGCUACAGGAGGAGUCCGACAACAGGGCGGUCAACAUCAAGCUGGCGUUGGACGAUCUGUUCCUCGAAAACGGGCAGAGGCUCCGGAAGAGCGCGCAGCUGCUCUCGACGAUCGCCUCGUCCUCGUCGACCGGUGGCUACCCCUCGCAGGCGGCGAUCCGCGAGUCUCGGUCCCUGGACCUCUUCCCCACGGAGUUCGGCGCCAAGAGCGCCAAGAGCGCCGAGGCGCCCCACCUCUGCUGGCACGAGCCCGGGAAGAGCUUCCGGUCCCUGGAUUACUGCGAGAAGUGCGCGAGGGCCGGCCCGACCGCGAACAUGGCCGGGAAGAUGUUCAACAAUAAUUACCCGAACGGGAACGUGGUCAUAGUGCCUCGCACGAAUAGUACAAGCAACGAGGCGGAGACGCCUCUGCUGGGCGCCGAGGGCGGUUUCGGGGUGAAGGCGAUCCCCGUCAAGCGCUGGCACUCCCUGGACCCGGUGAUCCGGACCCCCGCCGUCGAGAGGGUCCCCGAGCGGAAGCCUUCGGGCCAAACCUCCUUCAGGAGCUGGUUCGUCAACCUCUUCAGUCGAGGCGCCCCGAGAAGCAGCGACGUUACGCUGAGACAAGACCCGAUGGCGAGCUACAACGAGAAAGAGAGCAUCGUUUGACUCGGACGUCGUCUCCUCGUCCGAGUCGACGCGUCCGAGUCGACGCGUCCUCGAGGAGAAGAAGCGGCGGGGACGAGAGAGCACGGGCAUGUUUUAUCGUUGCCAUUUUUUUUCUCUUAAUUUAGGUACGUGCAAUGUUAUACAUAUAUGAAAGUUACCGACAUCGUAUAUUUUUUAUAUAACAGGUAUUUUACAAUUUGUACCAAGACAGAGGGGUGAAUCGAGAGGGCGUUGCAAGUUAUCCGUAAGUGUGAUCUAUAAUAGGCUGUAAGUGUGAACGUUUUAUGCUAGAAUAUACUUUACCGUAACAUCAGA